AUGCCUGUCCCGACCCCGCCAGACGAUUUUGAGGCAGGCGUUGAUGGAGACGAUGACGAGCUUGAAAGCGUCGGAGAGGAGGAGGCUCCCGAUAGCGAGCCCGAGACGGCAAAAAAGCGGCGGUCGUCGAAAGGUCGGCGUAAAUCCACUGGCGGGCAUGUCUCGUCCUCAAAGCAACCGACAAAAAAGCCAGCGAAAGAUUCGAUUCCGUCAAAACGAAAGUCGAUUCCCACGGCGGAGCCCGGCAAACCGGGUAAGAAGGCAAAGGUCGAGGGGAAAAAGCGCAAGAGAAACGAGAAAGAGGAAGAAGAUAAGAACAAGGAGGAAGCGAGUCUGGAGGCUAUGGACGAUGUCCAGGAGGAGCCACCAGUGCUGCGGAGAAGAAAGGCCGCUAGAACGAGGGGGCGGGACGGAGAAGAUGGGGAUGUGAGUGAGAGACUAAAGGAUUUGCAAGAGAAGCUUGAGGACGCCAACCAAUCCAUAGCCACACUGAAGCGGCGCCUGCGAAAACGGGAAAGUCAACUCGCUUCCAUGACGAACAUGUCGGAACCUGUGCGAGUUGUGGCCCCCGCUGCCCCGGAGAAUCUUGCUGUUCCCAAACGCUUGGCUUCGAAAACGCACUCCAAUGCUGUUAAUGCUGACGAAUUUGCCAAAAUGUAUGGGGCCCUGCAGGAUAGUUUCACCGCCUUCAAGAAGCUCGUCUUUGCAGCUGAUGCCUCUCGAUCCUCACUCGAUCGAGAAACGAAGGAUGUGCAAGAAAAGUUUGCGAAGCUCAUCAGUGACGUCAAGAAUACUGAACACAAGGCUGCUGAGCAAGAAAAGCUUUUAUGCAGGCAGCUAACGGAAUUGCUGGAAGGUGACGUUGCUCUCGCAGCGCUUCGAGCUCACAAGGCAGGAAAUUUCGUUAAGAGCAUGGGUAAGACAUGCAAAGGUAUGCCACUUAUAAGCCAUCUCUGCGCUGAAAUCCGUUCCAAGUGGCUGCUGCAAGUCAAAACUUUCAUGACGGAACAGUCGGCGACUCAGGAAAAUGGCGAAGCGGCUGGAAAGGGAAUGUCCGAGUCAGUAGAACGUGAGGUGGCGGACAGCAAUUCAACAGAUAGUGCUAUGGGAAAGGGUGAGGCCAGCAAGGACGGCACGAAGAAACCCACUGCCACCACUACCACAGGAGAUGCAGUGACCGCGAAGGGAAGAGCUGCGGAAGCCGGCUCGCGAGCUGAUGAGCAGAUGGCAGACGUGGAGGCGGAAGAGGCUUCCCGCGGGGAGGCUCUUGAAGGCGGAAAGGUUCCGGCUCAUCUCACAAACGAGGAAAAUGAAGAGGCGAAGCCCGACCCAACCAUCGAGUUGGCAGCAAAGGCGGAGACGGCGCCUGAUAGCCCACGGAAAGCCAAAGAGUCUGGCGGAAGGACGGAGGAUGGAACGCAGGGUAAGGUCCGGGCAGACUUGGAGAUGGAUCCGCAUAAAAAGACAGCUUCAAGAGGGGACGGACCUGUUGGGGGUAGAGCCCCCGUGGCAAAGAAUGAUUCCAAAUCUCAUGAAGUACUCUCCGAGAAAAUCGACGAUAAGACUGGCACCAGGGGUGCAGCAAAGCUAGAAUCGAAUGGGAGAAGGCAAGACACAAAGACACUGUCUUCAAAGAAGGGCGAAAACAAGAAGGGCAUGGUUUUGUCAUCUCCGACACGUCCGCAAUCAGCUUUGCAUGAGGGGCAAGACUCCAUGGGACAUGAUACUUCUAAUUCUCCCGUGGAAACUUUACGAGGCGAGCAAGCAGGGGCCGGCGCUUCUAGUGCACGUACACGGAGACGACAGGCACUUGAGAGGUCUAGAGGCGCUCCCCCGGGAGACGGGGAAAACGCCGCCGGCGAAGAAAAGAAGCCACCAUCCACAGGAGUCGAAAAUGAGACUGCUGCAGUAUAGAUUCUAUUCGCGAUUUCAUGUUUGCGCUCUUUGAUAAAUGUAUUGAACAUAA